ACAUGGAGCUUCACCCUUACUAUCCCUUUUACCAUCACCCCAAAAUCCCUGUCCCAUUCCCAGAGCCAGACCCAGACCCAGCUGAAGAACCCGGACCUGGAAAAGAGGCCGUCCCCAGUAAAAGAGCAGUGUGGAUCGACCCGCCUGCCCCCAUCUCCAGCCCACCUACCUCCCGGACCGUGACCAUCUCUUACCCCAACGUGCCUCGGCCCCGCCCCAAGGCGGGUCGGUUUGUCCCACCGCCUUCCCCCCAGCUCAACCACCCCCCCAGAGCAGACUUGCACAACCCCUUCCGCCCCCUGGGCAAACGGAUUGAGGAAUCCGCCCCUGCAGACGCAGGCUAUGAGUCACGCCCGGGAGGCCGCCUCAGAUGGUUGCCGUGGUUGCCAGAUCCUCGUCUAGCCGGUCCGCCCCCCUCCUUUCCCCCCUCCUCUGAUCCUCCCCAAAUCCUAACUGGAACCUCUCCUCUCCCCUCUCCAUCCCAACCCCUUGUCCCUCUAUAUCACCCCCCUCCUCCUCCCAACUACCUUAAUUCCCCUCUCUCCAAAUCAGCUACAAGUAACACCCCCCAGCAGGACCCGAACCCUGCGACACCCCCCCCUGCUCCCUCACCUGACUCCCUGCCUCCCCCCUACCCCUACAUCUACCACCCCUACUACUACCAUCACUACUACCAUGGCGGUAAUCCUUACAGGACACCCCUACCUGAUGACAUUCUCCCUCCUCCAUCUACAACACCGGGGACAACUCCAUCUCAGACCCCCGUCCCUACUGUUACCAUGGCACCCCGUCACCAUUCAGUCUCCCCACGAUCUGACUAUAAAUCCAAAAUGGCGUCCGGUGACUCUCAUAUUCCUCCAAGGGUUGGUCCUCUACCUGACAAACCUCUCCCCAUGGAAUCUCUGUUAGCUCCUGAUAUCCAACCUGAUCAUCCUCUGUACCCAUACUACUACUACUACCACCAGUACUACCAGACCAGAGAACCUACACCUGACCAGGACCGGGGCAGUACACCGAUGCCAGUGCUGGAGCUCUCUAAACCCCCCCUGGAUCUUGACCAACCGGUCACCCCUCCCUCAGGUCCGAGCCUUAAAGGCAUGUUGUAUUCUCAGCCCAGCCCUCCCAUGUCUCAACAGCCGCCUGCCAAUCUUCACCCAAAGUUCCUAGGCGAUGAGAAGGUUACUGGAAAGGCAGAUUUCAGUUCCGUGUCUGACACACAGACUCCCUGUGGUCUUGGCUCCAUCUGCAGUGGCCCUGUAGAGACUUACACUGUCAAAGGGUGUACAGCAGGACGUCACUUUGUCUUUGUGGUGCCUAGUACCCUGGUGGAGUCCACUGUGACCCCUCCCCUGUCCCUGAAGGCCAGUAACGUGUCAUGCACCCCCCAGAGGGUGAUGCGCACUGACUCCACCUUCUCUGACGUCUACACUGUACCCCUCCACGGCUGUGGAGUCCAGAAAUAUGAGGCAGGGCAGACGGUUGUCCACCUGUUGGAGGUCAGAGGUCUCCAGGCUCCGCCUACUGAGGCCGGCGGCACACACCAGGAAGCUCCUGUCAGACUGAUGGUGGAGUGUAUGGGGUCUCCCGGGUUCCCAGGGAAGAUCACCAUCAGGAGGAUGAGCCCAUCUCCGCCUCCUCCAGUCCAGACGCCGAGCAGGGCUAGCUUUAGCUCCAUGGCUGUCCCGACUCCGAGCAGGGCUGGCUUAGGCUCCAUGGCUGUCCAGCUGCGCAUAGCCACAGAUGAGCACUAUGACAGCUUCCUCCCAGAGCCCCACCUGCCCCUGGCUCUGCUCCUGGGCCGGCCCCUGUACCUGGAGCUGGUCUUGCUGAACCCCCCCGAGCCUGGCUCUGUGCUGCUCGUCCACCACUGCCUGGCCUACACACACUCUCCUCACACCGGCUGGAUGCUCGUCUACGACGGCUGUCCCAGAGACGGAGCACUCCCGGCCCCUCCCCCAAGCGACACCCGGAGGCUCACAGUCACCGCCUUCCAGGCCCUGUCCACACAGAGACCCCUCCCCCUCCAGACAGGAAGUACUACCCCCCACCCAGAGAACCCCGAGGUCCACUUCCUGUGCUCCACCGAGGUGUGUUCCCCCACAGACAGGGACUGCUCUGUGGGCUGCAUCGCUGUCAGGACCAAAGCUGCACCGUUGAGCUGAAUAAACAGUAAAUUGAUGAUG